CCCAAGCAGCAAGUUCUUCUCUCAGCUGUUGAGAGCUUGUUGCAAUGAGUUCUCAACCCUCAUUCCUUCUCUACCUUCCUACUGUUACUGAGCUGUAACCUGAGAUGUUUCAGGGCAGAUCUAAAGAAAGCUACCAGUGCCUUCCUUCUCUUUUCAAGCAUUUUCAGUCAUUUACCAGUCAGCUAACUGCACAGAAAAGCAGCCAAGAAUUACAGAAGUCAAACUAAAUUUGUCACCAGCCUUGCAUGACACCACUGGGAACAAGAUCAGGUCAAACACAGGGAUUUACUAUGCCCAAAGUGAAUCUGUAUAGCUUGUUACAUUAGCUUUAUUGAUGCUAAUGAAUUGUAUCCUGGUUGUAUAGAAAUGGGUGCAGGUCUGUCUCAUUGAUGUUCAGAGAACUAAAAAGGUGGAUUUCUAUUUUUGACCCAUCACUGGAAUACCUAGGAUUUAUUUUUAUGGACAGAAGGAUUAGCUGCAUUUUUGACAUCUAAGAAGUGCACAGGUUCCCCCUGUGUGGGCAUAAUCUGCACAAAAUAAGUCUUCUGCUAUGGAUCUAUCUAAAGGUUUAUUACUACUCUUUGUUUGCGGCUUCUAUCUCAGCAUGGGGACUGUUGCCACAGGGAACCAUAACAAGGCACAAAGCCAGACCACUGUCCAGCCAUCUGUCCCUCCCUCACCAGGACCCACGGAGUCACUGGAAGAUGAGGCAGAUAACCAAGAAAAUAUAUUGUCACAGUUGCUGGGUGACUAUGAUAAGGUGAAGGCUAUAUCUGAAGGAUCUAACUGCAAGUGCAAGUGUGUGGUGAAGCCUUUAAAAAGAGACUCAUGUCAGAGAGUGGAGAGCGGGAACACACAAGAAGACGAUUUCUAUACUGUUGAAACAAUCACGUCAGGACCAGAUUGUAAAUGCGCCUGUGUAGCUCCUCCAUCUGCUCUCAAUCCAUGUGAGGGAGAUUUCCGCUUGAAGAAGCUUAGAGAAACAGAGAACAAUGGCUUCAAGCUAUCUAACAUCAUAGAAAUGUUGGAGGGAGCAUUCUAUGGGCUGGAUCUUCUGAAACUGCACUCAGUGACUACUAAAAUUGUUGGGCGUGUUGAGAAACUCGAAGAGGUGGUGUCCAAAAAUCUCACCAAGGAGCAAGAACAAAUUAAAGACAGUGUAGAUGAGAUCCGGACAGAAAUACAGAAGGAAAAGGAGAACUGCACUAGAUGUGCGAAAGACAACUUGUCUGACAUUGGCAAGAUUCUGCAGAGAGAUGCGGCCGCUGCUUAUACUCGUACUGACGACAAAUAUGAAGAAAGAUUUAUUAAGGACGAGCAUAAGAAAGAUAUAAACUUAAAGCCAAGAGCUCCUGCCCCCCCUCAGCAAGUAAAGAGGAGGCCGCUGUCCCAUAGGCAAGUUCAGAUAAGGGCUAAGCCGGCUCCCAAGCCAUCUAUAAUCCGUGGUGUCACAUUCUACAAGGCCAAAGUCACAGAUGAUGAAAGCGACUUGGAAGAACAAGAUGAAUUUUUUAGUGGUGACAAUGCAAUCGAUAUGCUAAUAGAAGAUCAACUUAUAAAGCACAGAGCACAUUAUCCCAGCACCACUGAGGAACCUAUCCCAACGAGUGGACCUAUGACCUCAAACUAUGCAGAAGUGACAUCACCAACUGAGCUCUCCAAAUCAUUUUCAUCAUCUUCUGAGAACUCAGUACCUACCUAUACAUCAGAGGAUUUGCCAGUAACUACGGACCAAGGUACUACACCAUUAAUAACCACAGAGCAAGCCACAACUGCCCAGAUACCCACAACCACCACCACAGUGACCACAACAAAUGUAUUGACGACAGAAACUACUGAGGAACCAGAAGUACUUAUAGUAACAACUCGUGAGUCAACUACAACAGAAAAGAGAACUUCCGCAGCCACUACUGUAAGCCCGCUGCAAUCAGAACCUGUCACAGUAAGCGGUAAACCGCUAAAGCCCACUAUAGGAAAUCCUGAGGAUACAAAAGGAGAUGAAGAUGAUCUCCAAAAGGUUAUCGGACGAUGCAAAGAUACUCUGUCUACCAUAUCCGGACCCACAACUCACAAUACCUAUGGAAGAAAUGAAGGAGCUUGGAUGAAAGAUCCCCUGGCAAAAGAUGACAAAAUCUAUGUUACUAAUUACUACUAUGGCAAUACCCUGGUGGAGUUUCGGAACUUGGACAACUUUAAACAAGGACGUUGGAGCAAUUCUUACAAGCUCCCUUACAGUUGGAUUGGCACAGGUCAUGUUGUCUACAAUGGCUCUUUCUAUUACAACAGGGCAUUUACCCGCAACAUCAUUAAAUAUGACUUGAAGCAAAGAUACGUUGCAGCUUGGUCUAUGCUCCAUGAUGUGGUUUAUGAAGAGGCAACUCCGUGGAGGUGGAGAGGCCACUCAGACAUAGACUUUGCUGUGGAUGAGAACGGCUUGUGGGUCAUCUACCCAGCCAUUGAUGAUGAAAGCUUCCAGCAGGAAGUCAUUGUUCUGAGCAAGUUAAAUUCUAUAGACCUCACUAUACAGAAAGAAACAACAUGGCGGACAGGACUCAGGAAAGACUUUUAUGGUAAUUGCUUUGUCAUCUGUGGAGUCCUUUAUGCAGUGGACAGCUACAACAAAAAGAAUGCCAAUAUUUCCUAUGCCUUUGAUACUCAUACAAAUACUCAAAUUAUUCCAAGACUUCUUUUUGAGAAUGAAUACUCUUAUACUACACAGAUAGAUUACAAUCCAAAAGACCGUCUACUUUAUGCCUGGGAUAACGGACAUCAAGUCACCUACCAUGUGAUAUUUGCAUACUGAGGAACCAAACGACGAUAUACCAGCAACAUAAGGGGCAUUCCUAUGACUGUCUUUGUGGUUCUCAAGAGACAAAUGUUUCUCACCUGGUUGUUUGCACUCACGAAAGUCUAUUUUUUUUUCUUGUGAAAUCUUGCACAUUUAUAUUUAUCCUCUAGCUUAUCAUCUCUGCAAAUUGUGCAGUAAUAAUAGAACAUCGAUUUUAAAGAGUUAAUUUUGAUAUGUUGUUAUACAACUAUUUGCCGGUGCUAACACAAUAUAUAUAUAAUGAUCUCAUACAAUUAUAGUUAGAUAAUUCAGCACAAAUAAUGGUAAAGGUAUUUAAAAUUAAUGCUCUUUCAUUUUAAUAUUUUUUUUUAGAAAAUAUUAUGCUUACGAGUUAAUACUAGCUAGAAAAACUAUUGAAUCUGAAGAGGAAUGUCCUCUUUGUUUACAAAGGUUAGCCAAUUAAUUUCAAAAGUACUGUGCUAUUUUGCUUUAUUCGGUUAAACCAACACUUCAUAGCUUAGUAUUGUAAUACACAAACUAAAAAAUUCAAGGCUAUUCAACAGUAAGUAAUCAAUUUAUUAAAUACUGGGAGGACAUGAUUCGCUGUAGCUAAUCAUGUCCGUCCGGCAUCGCUAAAUGCCAACAGCAUGCUCUGUCGGCAUUUAACAUUCCACAAGCAUUUCUUGUGAAAUGCUUGUGCAAUGCCGCCCCUGCACAAUCGGCCGCUAGCAAAGGGUGUCAAUCAUACCAAUUGUAUCUGAUUGAGAGGAUUGCAGUGAGCCACCUAAAAGGUGGCAGAGAAGUUAAGGAGCAGGACAUUUUUUUUAAUUUGUUGACCAAUCAGAGUUUUACAAUAUAGAUUAUUUAGCAGCUAUAGUAUAUUUUCAAAUGUGGUAUAUAGUCAGUAGGGAUGGGUGAAUGUGCUGUAAGUGUAAUUAAUUUGGCAGAACGAAUAGUCCUGUGGACAUUCGUUUUGGACAAUCGAAUGUUGAAAAGAAUGAAAAUCCAUUAAAAAUUGGUAAUCGAAUGUUAUUUCUGAUUUUUGAAUGUUACUUUAAUUUUUGAAUGAUCAUAAUUAGAUUGAAUAUCCACAUUCGAAAUAUCAAAUGUAAUAUUCGAUUUAACAAAUACUAUUUAAAAGUUCAAUAUUCAUUUGCUAGUAAGUAGAUCCAUAAUAGAUACAAAUAUAUCAAUUUGAAUGUUUCUAUUUUGAAUAUUGCAUAAUUAGAAUAUUACACUUAAAGAAAGCAUUAGAAAUUCUAUUAAAUUAAACAAAUGUUAGAAUGUUGUCCAAACAUUCAAAAUGAAUUAACGUAUUAAAAUUCUUUCAUUUUUCGAAUGUUUCAAAGCAUUUGCCCAUCCCUAGUAGUCAAACAACUUGAAGCUAUAGGAACAACAAGAUACACAUUUAAGAUGAUGUAAUUUUCAUACUACAAAUAGAAAGUAAUUAAAUACAAAAAGGCAUUCAAACAUGGUAUAAACAAAUUAAAGGGACAUUGUAGAUGUAUUCUUUUCUUUGCUGCAUUUAAAAGAGGGCAUUUCAAAAUGUAUUUCAGCAUUUUGUUUAUUUGUUGGGUUUUUUUGUUUUUUUAAACUCAUAUUUCUGUCCUGAGUGAAGCAUCUGUUUCUUGUCAUACUUGCAGAGACGUGUCCUCCCUCUCCACCACUAAAAACGAGGCAGUAUCUAGGUGCGGAUACUUGCCUAGAUUGGCUUAUUUUCUAUACAAUAAUCUAUUAUGAAAUGGAGGAUUUUAAUCUUAUGCUUUUAUCUCAAACAUAACUCAAAUGAGUAUUGCUUUUUCUCUGGAAAUAAGCUUCACCAAACAGCAACAAAACCCUAUCUUUUGCUGAUGAGAGUCUAAAAAACUCGACACAUCUGUUCAGAAGUGUUUUUGCUGCACCCACCCCAAAAAGAGGAAUUGCUGUGGUUGAAACACAGUACUGGAAGCAUGAUAUAUUUUAUAUCUAAUUUGCAUAUGUUACCCAGAGUUCUCUGGUGCAUUGUUAACAAUGCUUACAGAAUACUUCUGGGGAAAAGCAAGCGGGAUACUUGCCUAGAAUUUUCUAUACAAAAUUUCUUUGAAUGUAUAUAUAUGUGUGUGUAUAUAUAUAUAUAUAUAUAUAUAUAUAUAUAUAUAUAUAUAUAUAUAUAUAUAUAUAUAUGUUAAAAUGUACAAAUGCCACUCUUUCAUAUGCAUGAUAGAAAUGUUUUGAGUAAAAUGUCCCAUUAAAUAAAUGCAACACUAUGGGGCCGAUUUAUUAAAUGUCUAUCCGACAUGGUCCACUGUCAGCAUUUAGCAUUGCACAAGCAGUUCUGGUGAACUGCUUGUGCAAUUCCGCCCCCUGCUAGUGGACGAUUGGCCGCAAAUCUGCAGGGGGCGGCUGUCAAUCAGCCCUAUCGUAUGAGAUUGGGCGGAUUGAUGUCCGCAGCCUCAGAGGAGGCAGACCAGUGAAGGAACAGCGGUUUUAAGACUUACUUGAAAACAGGGGUAUCAGGGGUCAUUCAGCCCUUGAUAAAUCGGCCCCUAUGACUUUUUAGGUCACUUGCACAUAAACUGUGAUUAAUAAAACAAAUACUAGACUGUUAGCUGUACCCAUUUUCAUACUGAAAUUUUAGACCAGAAACUGAGUUGCUGAUUUUUUUACACCCACCUACAAUGUCUUUGGAUCACAGAAGACAACAAUGCCAUGUCUUUGUCAAUAUGAUUAUUUUAUUUUUAGGCAUGCUGUGACAAAUACCAAAUAAUUACCCAUCCUAUGGUUACAGUCAAAAUAAUGAAUUUGCUAAAAGGGACGACAUGCCUAAGUAAAGGCAAGAUUUAAUCAGUUAUAAAAGAACCUCACAUAAAGCAAAAUAGCAUAUACCAAAUUAAUAUAUUGUAUAUAGGUAUCAAAAGAUUGAUCUUAAUUAUUUUGAGCAUUGUAGAGUUUCCUAUUAUACAUUUACCUCAAUUAAAAGGACAUAUUACUCAUAUUGUAAAUCACUUGAAAGUAAUGCAGCAUAACUGUAAAAAGCUGAUUAAAAUUUCACCUGAGCAUCUUUAUGUUAAAAAGGAAAAUAUUUUACCUCAAAAUGUCCUCUAGUAAGUGCUCUGUGAACAGUUAUACUUCAGCUAAUGUCCAGCUGCAAAUUGGAAAAAAAAAAUCAAUAGCCAAUCAGCAUCAGCAGUGCUGGUGUCAUGCAAUGUUUUGCUGUGAUCUCAUGAGCUUUCACUGAAACUUCCUUAAACUUAAUAUGGAAAUAACACGACUGUACCUGCACAUGCAAGAUGCACGAUACCUUGUAAGUCCUGGGACUAGUAUCCUGAUUGGUUGCUUAAUGUCCCUUUACAAUGGGUUGUGAAUAUUUAGGAAACUUUGCGGUAAAUAUCUUCCUUUUUUACAUAGAGAUGUUCAGGUGAUAUUUUCUAGUCAGCUUUUUACAGCUAUGCUGCAUCACUUUUAAGUGUUUCAUUAUUUGAGAAUAAUGCCCCUUUAAAUUAAGGGAAGGUUGCUGAUCAGGUUUUGCAUAGUAUUUGUGAAACAUUUAUGACGAGAGAAAUACGUAAAGCUAACAAAUAUUGCUGGCUAAAGUGGUCACUCACCUAGUGCCCAAUGAUAAAAACUUUACCAGAUCAGACUUGGGAAACCAAGUUGACACUUGCACUUCCUGUGUGUUGCAAGAUGCCUCCCAAAUAAAUCUAGUUAGUUAAAAGGAAAACUUCACUGGGGAGAGCAAAAUAAGCAGAGGCACGCUUUAAAAAUUAAAAACUACAGCCAAUACGAAUCAGAUAACUCUGCUUUCAGAAUAUAGUAUCUUAACAUUGCCUCUAUCUUCAAAUGCAUGUGUUUUUAUGAGGGUAAUAAGUGUUUUGCAUAUUUUGAUACCUUUCAGUUUGCGGGAACAAAUCUAUAUUGAGAAAAUAUUUUGAGAAUGCACCAGACCUCGCAGAGAAAUUUCAGCUACUCCCAGGGAACGCUCCUGUUCAGCCCACAAGCAGAGCUAAUGGCACAUAAUAAGCUUUGAAUUUUAUAUUAUAAAUACCAAUUUCACAUAAUUUUUUUUUGCUUGCGCAGCAUCAUUUUUAUUCCAAUUUCUACUGUGCACCUUAAAUUGUUUUUUCCUGCGUAAUUUCUAUAAGAAUUUUAAGUUUUCCAUAAUAUAUAUAUAUAUUUCUGCAGAACAAUUUUGGUUUGAUUUUUAAUUUGAUUAAACAAUACAAUUUUUUUUGCGUAUUUUAAAUUACAAUUUUUUGUGAGCCCUAAUGUAAUGUAUGUAUUGCCUUCAUAUAUUUAAAGGCACAGACUACUCUAGACCAGAGGUCUCAAAGUACCAGCCCUGAGGCCAUAUGCGGCCGUCAAGAUAGUUCCAUCUGGCCCUCCCUUGUUUAAAGGGUAAACCAUUAUCUUGGUCUGUCAGUUUUUUUUUAGGGUUUUAAGAGGUGUAACUAGUUGAUGUUCUAUAUAGGCACUCACAAGAUAAACAUAAAGGCAAGUGUCCAGUGUAGACUCCCACCAUGCACUGCUUGGAUAAAUGUCAAUUUCUACAUUGUUAUUCAGUCCCAGAAUGAUCACUUUACUUGGCACUCACAAGAUAAAUAUAGACAACUACGUAUGUCUAUUGAGGGCUACAACUCUCACCAUGCACUACUACUUGGGUAAAUGUCCCUUAUAUUUCUUAGUAUAUCCAGUUCUGGAGCACUUACUCAGUUCAAGUAGCCCCCAUGGGAGAAGAACACUUAGCAAGUGGCCUCCAGAUAUAUUGAGCUUGAUAGCCCUGGUCUAGACCAAGGGGCUUAUCUAUCAAGCUCCGAAUGGAGCUUGACGCCCCGUGUUUCUGGCGAGCCUGCAGUCUCGCCAGAAACAGCAGUUAUGAAGCAGCAGUCUAAAUCCAUAACCCUAUCCUGAGCAGGCGGACAGACAUCGCAGGAAUUCAACCCGAUCGAGUAUGAUCGGGUUGAUUGGCACCCCCCUGCUGGAGGCCGAUUGGCCGCGAGUCUGCAGGGGGCAGCGUUGCACCAGUAGCUCUUGUGAGCUGCUUGUGUAAUGCUGAAUACAGAGAACGUAUUGCUCUCCGCAUUCAGCAAUGUCUGCCGGACCUGAUCCGCACUGUCGGAUCAGGUCCGACAGAUAUAUGAUAAAUAGGCCUCCAAAUAUGUAUUCUUUAUUACUUAUUGUUACAUACCAUUCAAGCAUCUUGUAACGGGUUCCACAUCUUUAAGUUUGUAAGAAGUCAAGAAACUUUUAAAUAAUCAUUGUUUGCUAAAAGCCUAAAAUGGUCACCAGCCCACAGCUUUCUUCUUGUCCAGUUAGCUGUUUUCUUGAAUGACAGUUUAGCAGUGAACGUUUAAUAUUUUUCAGUUAGCUAUUUCAUUUUGCACAUGUACAAAUCAGCAAAUGUGAGUAGGAAAACUUAUUGUUGAAUUGAGUUGAAUUUGAUUGGAGAUACUUAACAUUCCAAAAUAGGUGGGCGGAGCUUGGCAACCAUUUUUGGCUUCUAACAAACAAUGAAUAUUUAAAUGUUUCAUGUACUUCUUACAAGCUUAUAGAUGUGGGACCAGUUGCAGGAUGCUUCUCUGGUAUAUAACAAUAAGUAAUCAAAAUUAUGUAUUGGGUCUAGACUGUCCCUUUAAAUGCAGGGAAUGCCCCUUUGUGAGAAAGAAUUGCUCUCUCAGGCUUCAUAGUACUGGUAAGAUUUCUUAGAGAAUCUCACAAGCCCUGAGACUUAGAUCAUCAGGCAUCUAGUAUAUACCUCAGACUCUUACAUACCCUAAAAAAAUAUUGUUUGUCUAGGUGUGUGGUUAAACUGAUUAACUUGAAGUUUUGCUUGAUUCAAGUGUCUUUAAAUGAACAAAAACAUUAUCAUGAAAGCAUACCAUCCAGCAGUUUUGGCUAUGUAUUAGGGACUCAGGAGAGUAAGUUGAGUACAUAAUUUGUUGAUAUACAUAGAUCUAAUGUAAUAUAUAUAUAUAUAUAUAUAUAUAUAUAUAUAUAUAUAUAUAUAUAUAUAUAUAUAUAUAUAUAUUGAAGUUGCUGUAUUAGUCCAGUAGUUUAAUUUCAAAAGAUAGUAAUGUCUUUUUGUAUGUUUAGUAUGUAAUGUUAGUCCAUUAAAAAAUGUAUUACUGCUUACUGCAAUACCCUUGUUAUUCUGAUAUACUGUAUAUAUAUAUAUAAACAUUGGAAUCAUAAUUUGUCAAUAAUUGGACAUUACUUUAAGACAAAGUAUUUAUGGAAAAUUCCAAACACACCCGGACAACACAAUUAUAUUCUUUCAAAAGUUUAGCACUUUAAACUAUAGCUUGAUCCUUAGCAAGGGAUUUGCUAUAUUACCCCCAUAUUACAAAUCAUUCUUAUUUUAACCAAGUGCAAUAUAUCAGUGCUUCUCAACUCCAGUCCAUUAACAAAAACAGUAAUAACUUUUACUAGAAGCAUUUUUGAUAAUAGAACUAUAUUGCAAAAAUGUUUCUAUAUAAAAUUUAAAUGCAUCCCUUUAACCAUUAAACAGAUUAUAUAAACUUUCUUUUUUGUGAAAAAUCUAUUUUAGGAAUUAAAAAUAUUACUCUUAUGUGAUUUUUGUUAUGACUAAAGUAUAGAAUGAACUGUACUUGUAAUCCUAAAAUAUAUUGGCCUAGCUUAAUAGAGUGCAAAAAUAUUAGCGCUAUUGAGAGCUAACAGCACUCAAAUAAAAUCAGGUGUUCUCGUAUUCCUGCUCUUGUAUUAUAAAUUGAAUAGGUCAAUCUCGCUAACUCCCUUUCCCAAAGACUUCUAUGGGCCGUGCUACAAAAGUCUCUUCACUUGUGCAAUAACCGGCCAGGAAGUGAUAGGACAACUGUGAUAAUACCGAAGGUGUGUUAAGAGAUACUUGAAUAUAAAUAUAUCUAUAUAAAAAUAUAUAGAUAUUGUGUAUAUACAGUAUAUGGAAUUAAAAAUACAAAGAUUUUUUUUUCAUUUAUUUCAAGUAUUUCUAUUUAAAAAAGGGAUAUCUUAUAUGUCAAUGUACUUGUUUGGAAAGGGCUCAAAGGUGUAUGCAUGUGUGUAUAUAUAUAUAUAUAUAUAUUCAUAUAUGUGUGUGUAUAUAUAUAUAUAUAUACAGUAUAUAUAUAUAUAUAUAUAUAUAUAUAUAUAUAUAUAUAUAUAUAUAUAUAUUUAUAUGUGUGUAUAUGUUUGUGUGUGUGGGCAUAUAUGUGUUUGUGUGUUAAUAUGUUUGUAUGUGUGCACAUACAUAUGUGUGUAUAUAUAUAUAUAUAUAUAUAUAUAUACACACACACACACAUACAAAUAUACACACACACGCAGCCCUUUGAGCCCUUCCCAGUUAAACAACUUAAAAUAUACCAUAUCGCUUUAAAAAACUUUAAAAAACACCAGACUGCGCACUAAGCUCAGAGAGGUCUAGCGAUAUUGCACCCUGUGCUAUCAAUAGGGCUCCACUUGUAAUCUAGGCCAUAUACAGAGAAUCCAAGCAGAAGAUCGUAUUCCAAAGAACAUUAAUUUAAAGUUAUAUUUAUACAUAUACACAGUACAAAUGAGCAAUUUAGCAUUGCUUUACAAAAUAUCUGCAUACGGUAUAAAUGUUUUAAAACAUUUUAAAACUGUAAUUUUGUUAGCAAAAUUUGUGUUUUGUAGUUCAGGGAUACACACUUCAAAAAGUCUACUGAGUAUGCUAUCCUACAUUUUCGAUGGCCAAAAGGGAAUAGAUGUAAAUGAGUGUCUGCACUUAUCAAGCAAUCACUGUGUAGCAUAUUGCAGUGUUAGUGUUCUGGAUUUCCAGCCUCUCUUGGUACAGCGGGGAAAAAAUGUCGAGCCACUCAGAAAUAAAUUACAAGAAAAGUGAUGAAAGUUUAUUACAAAGUUGUUUUUUACUAUAACUGUGAUUUUAUGAACGGUUCCCUUUAAACUUCCAAAUUCCUUUUAAAAUCAAGAGAUUAAUCAUUGGUUUAGUUGUAUUAAUUGUUGUUUUAGUCUCAUUAACCAUUGGCUCAGUCUUGUUAAACAUUGGUUCAGUUCUACUAAUUAUUGUCUCAGUCUUAUUCAUUAUUGGAUCUUUCUUACGCAUUAUUGGCUCAGUCAUAUUAAACAUUGGUUCACUUUUAUAGACUGAAAUAUCUAUGUCUGAGUUGCAAUAUUCUAAUUUUGGUUUUACAUUAUAAGGUUUGGAUUUCUUUCAUUUAUACAGAACAGAAGAAUUGGUACAUUUCACAAUAAUAAAAAUGCUAUUAUUUACUUGGUCAGUAGAUGGCCAUUAGGUUUCUGAUAUAGUUUUUUUUUAAAGAUUUUUAAAAAAUCAAUUUUUUUAAAAAAAAAGGAGGGCAGACAUUUUUGUAGAACACUCUAUACUUAAAGGAACAUUCUAAGGCAAAAAUGAUAUUCUCUAAUUUGUUAUAGCUUGUGAUUUUUGCAUGACUUAUUAUAUCUCACUAUGGGCUUCAUGUACGAAGCAACGGAAGCUGCUCUGGAGCUCCUGCGGGGCAGGUUCGCACAUGAGGUCACUAGACCGCUGCUUCUUACACUCUUCCCCACCUCUGAGGUGGCGACGAGAAAUCACAGAGAGCUUGCUCGCUCUUGGUGAUUGACAGUCCCUUCUCUCACGUGAUUGGUUUCACGAGUGAAGGGACGGGCAUUACACACUCAUUGGAGUGUGUAAUGCUGCAUACAGGUCAGCGGACGAACAGAUCCGCUGCCUGUAUGCGGUGAAGGUGUGCGGAUAGCUUCUCAAGUUUAGAAGCUGUCCACACGCCUUUUGAUGCGUGGGGUCUAUGUAUUUAACUCCCUGUGAAGGGAAUAAAUACAUAGGUAAGGUGCUGCUCAGCAGCCUCAAGUGUGGCAGCUUUCAAGCAGAAAAUGUCUGGUGAUCUAUGCCUAUAGGGACUUUACCUAUGUGUUUAAACCCUUUGCACAGGUUAACACAUUGUUAGGGUUAGUAACCCAAACAUAACAUAACAAAUGUGAGCAUUUAGUUUUUGUAAUAGAAUGUUCCUUUUAUAAAACAGCAGCAUCAAUAGCAAGACAUACUGAAAAUCUGCCAUUUUAUACAGUUGAUUAUCUCAGGAUGCUGGUGAGUAAACUGCAAGAACACUUGACAGAGGGCCUUUUCUCAAUUUGGCAGUCUGCAAACAACCAAUAGCCAUUUGUAAUAUCCAAGGGAUAGAUUCAUUGGCUGCUGACCAUUUCUUAAAAUAUCACAACCCAUUCUGAAAUGAUGGCAUCAGAAAGGGGUCAGAAAAAUAAUGGAUGUUUCCCAAGUGUCGUUAGCACUUUUGUUUUUACUGUUGAUUUUGUACAAAUUUCAGAACAAAUGUAUUUUCUUUAUAUUCCUUUGCAGAUUGUAGAUCAAUCUGUCUUGUUGCUUUUAUUGUAAAUUGUAUGUAAUCUGCUUCUAUAAAAAGUGACUUUGUAUUGUU